AUGCUACUGCGGUUAAUACUAUACCUGCUUCCGCUGGCUAUGUGCAACAGACGGGCAGAUCUACCACAGAAGAAAUUUCCGACAGCCAUAAUUGUCGGAGUGAAGAAGGCUGGCACAAGGGCUUUGCUGGAAUUCCUACGAUUGAAUCCUCGUAUUCAAGCCCCGGGCCCGGAAGUACACUUCUUCGAUAAGAACUACCACAAGGGACUGGAUUGGUACAGGUGA